ACAUCAGCCGUCAGUCAAUCAUCAUCAGAUCGCAAGUGCGGACGGCGACCGACCGACGUCUCCGGAGAAAAUUCGCGUGUGAGCUUCAAGUUUUGCUCGGACAUGGAAAAUUUGUCCCGUUCGGUGCGGAAACUGCUAGCGAAACUCAACCACUGCGACGAUAGCGAUUUCUGAGCGCAUUUACCUUGGCGGGGAAAACAAAUCGAAAUUUAAAAGGGAAAAAGGGCAAGGUGUGUGUGUGUGAGCGAGUGUGAAGAAAAGUGUUAUUACAUCGUCGCAAAAGGUUGCAUUUUUUCCGGGGCGGCUGUGAUUGGAUGCUAGAAAAGCGAGCUCGACAACGACGUAAUUGUUCCGGAACCGUCUGCGUCGCAGAAUGAGUGCAUUUCUCCGAGGAUCACCCCGGCAGGUGCUCGGGCUGGGCCAUCAGUACCAUCGUUUUGGCUCGGGUGUUCGGAACCGGUUCGUGACCUACCGGACGAAGCGGACGGCCGGGUUCUACCAGCAGUGCUACAGCACCGUCCCGACGGUGAAUGGCGGCCGCGGCGUCACAGUGUUGGCCGUUUCGCCGGCCAACACGACGUCACUGCUCGAUGCGCUCGGGUACAGCUACAGUCACAGUGGUGCUAUUAGGUGUAUAUCGACGAGUGUGAUACACUACGACCAGCCGUCGUCCAAAGUGGAAGUUACAGUACAAAAAAUUAAGCAAACACAGAAAGAGCAGCAAACGAGUGAGACUGCGGCGGCAGCAGCGGCUGCAGCGCCUCCGGUAGCUCCUGAAAAGCCAGCCGGAGUGGCAGCAGCGGCAAGUGCGAGCCAAGUGGUGGCCACGCCAGCACCGGUCAAAAAGACCCUCAAGCAGCGGAUAUGGGCCGAAGUUCUGCAUUACUAUCACGGCUUCCGGCUGCUGUUUAUCGAUUUCAACGUGAGCCGGAAGCUCAUCUGGCGAGUACUUAAUGGCAAAUCGCUGACACGACGCGAGCACCGGCUGCUCGUCCGAACCACCGGUGACCUGUUCCGGCUGUUGCCGUUCUCGGUGUUUAUCAUCGUGCCCUUCAUGGAGCUGUUGCUUCCGGUGGCGAUCAAGCUGUUCCCGGGCAUGCUGCCGUCGACGUUCCAAACGGCAACGGAGCGCGAGGACAAAAUCAAGCAGAACCUCAAGGUCAAGCUUGAGAUGGCCAAAUUCCUGCAGAAAACUUUGGACGACAUGGCUGUGCAAAGCAAGGACCAUCGGUCCCAAGCGGCUAAAGAUUUUAGCGAAUUUUUCUCCAAAGUUCGUAAAUCCGAAAACGAGAUCUCCGUGACCAACGAGGACAUCAUCAAAUAUUCAAAACUGUUCGAGGACGAAAUUACGCUCGACUCGCUGACGCGGCCCCAGCUGCAGGCUCUCUGCCGGGUGCUGGAAAUGUCCCCGAUCGGAACCUCGACGUUGCUGCGCUUCCAGCUCCGGAUGAAGCUGCGAAGUCUUGCCGCGGACGAUCGCACCAUCCAGAAGGAGGGCGUCGACUCGCUCAAUCUUUCCGAGCUGCAGGCAGCUUGUCGGGCGCGUGGCAUGCGAGCGUACGGCGCCACCGAGGAACGACUCCAGUCGCAACUUCAGGAGUGGAUCAACCUGAGCCUCAACGAAAAGGUCCCACCCUCGCUGCUCCUGCUAUCGCGCGCCCUCAUGAUCCCGGAGCACGGCUCAACCAGUGACAAGCUCAAGGCCACUAUCUCCGUCCUGCCCGACUCAGUGGCCACCGUUACGAAGGCCGCCAUCGGCGAGCGCGAGGGCAAGAUCGACAACAAAACCAAAAUCGAAGUCAUCAAAGAGGAGGAGCGCAGGAUCAAGGAAGAGCGGGAAGAGGAAAAGGAAAAGCAGAAGGAAAUCGCCGAAAUCCUGGUCGACAAGGCGCCCAUCAUCACCGAGGAGAAGGUUAUCCACCUGGAGGAACCCGCCGUGCUGGUCAAACCGGUCGUCGAUGCUCCGGUGAUUGCCGCUUCGGAGGAAAUCUCCAGCAAGGACUUGGAAGUGCUGGGCGAUGCGCUCGGCACGCUUAGCAAGGACAAGAAGACGCUGCUCGUGGAGAAGGAGGAAAUCAAGGAUCUGAAGGAGGAGAUCGCCGACUACCAGGAGGACGUCCAGGAGUUGCACGAGGUCACCACGGCGGCCCCGGCGGAAGCCCAGGUCAAGGAGUCGCGCGCCGCCAAGCUGCUGUUCAAGAAGGUCAACUCGAUGAUCAGCAAGAUGGACACCGUGCUGGACGAUCUGGAGAAGAAGGAAAAGCUGCUCAAGGAGCAGGUCAGCGCCGCCGCUACCGAGGAGAGCAAACAGGCCGCCGCCGCCGAAGAGGAAGCACUGCGGGCGAGUGGCGCCAGCGAGGAACUGGUGCGGAUCGACGAGCUGAUGUCGACGAUUCGGAAGAUCAAGCAAGUUCCGGACGACUCUCGGUUGGACCAGAUUUCCAAGAUUCUCGGCAAAAUCGACGACGAUCAUGACGGGCAGAUCAAGGUGGAGGAUGUCCUGAAGGUCAUCGAAACGAUCGGCAAGGAGAACAUCCAGCUGAACGCCAAGCAGGUGGACGAGCUGAUCGACAUGCUGGACAAGGAGGAGGUGCUCGAGGCCGAGACCAAGAUCGAGAAGGCGCUCAUCAAGAGCCAGGAGGCCAAGGAAAAGCAAAAGGAGCUCGAGAGCAAGGAAAAGGAGAAGCUGAUCGAGAUCGAGGACAAGGCGACAGAUCUUACCGCGCUGGAAGAUCCGACGAAAAAGUCCGGUGAAACGAAGCUGGAUGACUCAGUUCUUGAUGCGUACAUUCUUCAGCAGGCCGCCGAAAGGAAAGCCGCGGAGCAGCAACAGUCGGCCAGUAUUAGCAACACACCGGCAGCCGACCAGGAGUCGAAGCAGCAGAACGGCACCGCCAGCAGUCCGACGGCGACGAAUAUUCCGCCCGGUAUUGUGCCCCCACCGCCGACGGCGGAUCUUUCCAAGUCAUCGCAGGAUAAAAGGAUUUGAUCGCGUCCGAAGAACGUUAGAAGCAGCAGCAGCACGGUGCGAUCGAGGCGAAAGCCGCAAAAUUGAAUGCAGUGAAUGGAAUGGUUCAAAAGGUGUGACUUUUUCCUGCACAGGGAAGAGACUUCGUACACAAAAACCCCCGUAUUUAUUUCUACUGGAGAGAAAUAUUAACAGAAAUAAACAAAACAGAUUAAAAAAAAUCCAAAGCAAAGUAAAACUGGAAUGAUGCUUGUACUGUUACCGGUAACCGAAUGAGUGAUAGUGUGUAGCAUAUUUAUAUAUAUAUUACAAAUUAACAAAUACUAUUGUGAGGAUGCAUUGUAAAGAGUCGAAAUUAAAAUUCCUGUUAUGAUGAGUUGGCUAGCAAAUUUGCAAGCUUCGCCUAAGUACAUGUUUUAUUGAGGGCGAUGGCUAAUACAUCGCCAUUUUGGAGAAAUAAAAAUAACGAAAAGCUAA